CCAGGAUUCAAGCGCAUUGGAUUCCAAACGCCCCGCAUCCCAAAAAUCUGAGUCAUUGGCUUCUGUUUACACUGGCCAGAGACUCAGUUGGAGUCACUCACUUAAAUAAUCAUUUUUUGCGUAGUCGUCCGUAAAGCGGUUCACACUCUAGUCCGCGUUUAGCGACAAAUCCCGAGACCAGAUAUUCCGCGACCCUCAGUCAUUGAGGGUGACUACACAAAAUUCUUUCUAGAGCGCUAUUGCUGCGCGCUCCUGUCUGGAAGAGGUUUCCUGCAAUCAAAUUUCGAUACAGCAUGGCUACAAAUUCGGGUUCUAGCAAUCCAAUUGGAGAGAAGACAGGGCCUGUGACAGGACAGCCUCCCUCGGUGCCAGCUGAGACGAAAGCCGCCAUUUCUAACGCCGCCCAGACGAACGACCCGACUGGACAGCACGUGUCUGGCAAAGACGGCGGUGACAAGAAUGAGGGCAAGAAAGUGAAGUCGGAGAAAGAACUGGAGAAGGAGCGGAAGAAGGCCGAGAAGGCAAAGAAAUUCGCCGAAAAGCAAGCCAAGGCCCUUAACGCUCCAACUGGCGGGGCGCCAUCAAAAGCGAAGGAGAAGAAGGCAAAGGACAGCGCAAAGGAGGAGGCGCUUCCGCCUUACGUCGAGGAGACUCCUCUUGGAGAGAAGAAGAUUCUCAAGUCUCUCGAUGAUCCCUAUCACAAGGCCUAUAUUCCCGGGGUGGUAGAGUCGGCAUGGUACGCAUGGUGGGAAAAGGAGGGCUUCUUCAAGCCCGAAUUUGGACCCGACGGAAAAGUAAAGAGCAAGGGCUAUUUUGUCAUUCCGGAACCGCCGCCGAACGUUACUGGAGCGCUCCAUAUGGGUCACGCACUCACUACAGCCCUCCAGGACAGUAUGAUCAGAUGGGCUCGUAUGAAGGGCCUGACGACGCUGUGGCUCCCGGGUUGCGAUCACGCCGGUAUUUCUACUCAGAGUGUCGUCGAAAACAUGCUCUGGCGGCGACAGAAGAAGACGAGACACGACCUUGGCCGACCAAAAUUCGUUGAGACUGUUUGGGACUGGAAGGAGGAGUAUCAUGCGAGAAUCAACUCCGUCCUCCGCCGAAUGGGCGGCUCCUUCGACUGGACUCGCGAAGCUUUCACCAUGGACGAGAACCUCUCUGCGGCCGUCACGGAGACCUUCGUCCGACUUCACGAGGAAGGCAUUAUCUACCGUGCCAACCGUUUGGUGAACUGGUGUCACAAGCUCAACACUGCUCUCUCGAACCUUGAAGUCGAUAACAAGGAGUUGACAGGACGAACUCUUCUCGACGUACCUGGCUAUGAAAGAAAGGUCGAGUUCGGUGUCAUCACGCACUUCCAGUACGAGCUGGAAGGGACGAAUGAGAAGCUCGAGGUUGCCACCACCCGUCCGGAAACCAUGCUUGGUGACACUGGUAUUGCGGUUAAUCCCAAGGAUCCGCGGUACCAGCACCUGAUUGGCAAGAAAGCCAAGCACCCGUUCGUUGAUCGCCUGAUGCCCAUCGUUGCGGAUGAUCACGUCGAGAUUGGCUUUGGUACUGGCGCUGUCAAAAUCACCCCAGCCCAUGACCCCAACGAUUUUGCUAUUGGUCAACGCCACAACCUUGAGUUUGUCAAUAUCCUCAAUGAUGAUGGUACUUUGAAUGCAAAUGCUGGAAAGUACGAGGGUCAGAAGCGGUUCGAUGUCAGGUACACGGUGGUGGAAGACCUUAAGGCGCUUGGCCUCUUUGUUAAAAAGGAGGACAACCCCAUGAAGGUCCCUCUCUGCUCCAAGUCCAAGGACGUUAUUGAGCCCAUCAUGAAGCCCCAGUGGUGGAUGAAGAUGCAGGGUCUUGCUGAUGCUGCCGUUCAGGCGGUGAAGAACGGUGAAAUCAAGAUUCGUCCAGAGACCGCCGAGAAAGACUUCUACAGAUGGCUUGGAAGCAUCAACGACUGGUGUCUAUCGAGACAAUUGUGGUGGGGUCACCAGGCUCCCGCCUAUUUCAUCGAGAUUGAAGGCGAGAAGGGCGACGACAGCAACAAUGAGCUGUGGGUUACCGGUCGGACUGAGGAGGCGGCAGCUGAGAAUGCCAAGGCCAAAUUCCCUGGAAAGAAGUUCACUCUGCGUCGUGAUCCCGAUGUGCUAGACACUUGGUUCUCUUCUGGCCUGUGGCCUUUCUCGACUCUUGGAUGGCCCAAGAAGACGCAUGACUUCGAGAACCUCUACCCCACAUCCGUGCUCGAGACUGGCUGGGACAUUCUCUUCUUCUGGAUUGCCCGUAUGGUUAUGCUGGGUAUUAAGCUGACCGGUCAAGUGCCGUUCAAGGAAGUCUACUGUCACUCACUUGUUCGAGACUCGGAGGGCCGAAAGAUGUCCAAGUCCCUUGGUAACGUCAUCGAUCCUCUGGAUGUCAUGCACGGCAUUAGUCUCCAGGCUCUCCACGAUAAGCUCCUUGUCGGUAACCUGGAUCCCAAGGAGGUCGCUACCGCGACCAAGUUCCAGAAUACCUCGUUCCCCGACGGUAUUCCCGAGUGCGGUGCUGAUGCUCUCCGGUUCUCCCUCGUCGCUUAUACGACAGGUGGUGGUGACAUCAGCUUCGACAUCAAGGUCAUGCACGGCUACCGUCGUUUCUGCAACAAGAUCUACCAAGCCACCAAAUACGCCCUUGGCAAGCUCGGUGAUGACUUUGUGCCUAAGCCCACCGCUGCAAAGACCGGCAAGGAGUCUCUCGCCGAGCGCUGGAUCUUGCACAAGUUCACCACUGCCGCGAGGGACGUCAACAAGGCCCUCGCUGACCGCGAGUUCUCUCACUCCACCUCCAUCAUCUACCAAUACUGGUACAACCAGCUUUGCGAUGUUUACAUUGAAAACUCCAAGGCGAUCAUUCAGGACGGCACCGAGGAGGAAAAGCGAUCCGCCAAGGACACGCUGUAUACCACCCUCGAGGGGGCUUUGACCUUGAUCCACCCCUUCAUGCCCUUCUUGACUGAAGAGCUCUGGCAGCGCCUCCCCCGUCGACCCGAUGACAAGACUCCUUCCAUCGUCAAGGCUGCUUACCCUGAAUAUGACGCCAGCCUCGACGACCCGGCUUCCGAAGACGCGUAUGAACUCCUUCUUGGCGUGUCCAAGGGUGUCCGGUCGCUUAUGGCCGAGUACUCCAUCAAGGAAGAAGGCAAAGCCUAUGUCCAAACCUACGACGACACGAGCUACAAGACCGUCAGCGACGAGCUGCAGAGCAUCCGCUCCCUCUCCGGCAAGGGCGUCAGCUCCAUUGAGAUUCUGUCAAAGGACGAGCCUCGUCCCGCCGGCUGCGUCGUCUUCGCCGUCUCUGCCCAGGCUGCGGUGUUCCUGCACGUCAAGGGCCGCGUCGACAUUGACGCCGAGAUCAAGAAGACUCAGACCAAGCUCAAGAAGGCGGCCGACGGAGUCUCCCGCCAGCGCAAGAUCCUCGAUGACCCUGCGUACCAGAAGAAGGUCAGCGCCGAACUGCAAGAGGUCGAGCGCAAGAAGCUUGCCGAUUUCGAGGCCGAGCAGAGAGGCUACGAGGAGACUAUUGAGCAGUUUGAGGCACUCAAGCUUGAGUAAGGUUACCGCUUCAAUGAGCCAGAGUCUCGAUUAGUGCAUGGGGAAGGAAAAAUAUAUGUGGAGACAGACGUGACAAAUAGACAAUCAAGGCAGGAAAUGGAUGUCUUAUGCCUCACGAAAAGUGAAAAUAAAGAAGGUAAAAUUCAAGAUAUGCUGAAAUCUAAAGACAUAUAUAAAGUAGAUUAGAUUGCUUUGCAGAUCUAAGAGAACC